UACAUGAACGCACCACUAUCGCCCCUGAUCUGUGUUGUUUCCGACAGUCCGUGAACGCGGCGGCAGCAGCGGGAACCGUGAUGUCUGAGUCGGUGUCUGACGCUGACCUCCAGGCCGUGAAGCCUCCACCCAAACGCCGGCGCAUCCUCGACCCGUCGGCUAUAGUCCCGGUGCCCGUGUACUCCAGCAAGGUGAGCAGCAGUCUGCAGCUGAAGCCGACCGCCGCCAUGCUGACUGGAAAAGCAGCAGCAGACGACGGGGCAGACGACACUUUGUGGUCACAGUUUUCAUCUCGAGGACCGCCGGCGGCCGUCGUCGGUCUCAGCGACUCGGAGGAAGACGAAGCAGAACACGGCGAGAACAAACCAGAACACACGAAGAAGACAACAGAACCAGAAGUCCUCCGCUCGCCGUCUCCUCCUCCUCCAGAGAGCCCGGUCCAGAAACAGUCCAGACGGGUCAAACAGAAGAUCAGCGAGGUGGACAGGAAGCUCCGGGCCGUCACCUCCCUGCUGUCUCCUGAACCUCACGACCGGAGGACGCCGCGUCACGCUCACCUGUCUGCAGCCGAUGAUGAUGUCAUCAUCGUGGCGUCUAAUGACGAUGAUGUCAUCGCGGUGACCCCUCACCCUGGGGUUCAGGGUUCUCCGUACAGCUCGUCGGUCCGAGAGAUCCCGCUGAAGGUCCGCUGCCGGACCGACGUCCACAAGAUCCCGGUGCUGUCGUCGACUCCUCUGAGUGACGUGUUGACCCAGCUGUCCGUCAUCCUGGACAUCCCGCCUCCUCGCCUCCUGCUGUUGAAGGAGGAGGUGGAGCUGCCGACGCACUCGACCGUCGGCGAGCUCGGCCUCGGCAUCGCUGACAUCAUCGAGUGCGUCGUCAUGGCAGCGGAGGAGAGACACGGAGCCGACAGCAGCAUCGUGAGCGUGAGGCUGCAGAGCCGAGACCGAGACUCGUCACAGGAGUUCAGUCUGCACAGAGACGCCCCGCUGGGCUCCGUCUUCUCUCAGUACCUCUCCAGGAUGUCGAGCGCCGCCCAGCGAAGCGUCCGUUUCCAGUUCGACGGCUCCAAAGUGAGUCACAGCCAGACGCCGGCCGAGCUGGACAUGGAGGACGGAGACAUCAUCGAAGUCUGGAUUUAACCCGCGCUCCGUCCACCUGUUUGUCACUUUACCUGUAAAUGUUUACACAGAUUCAACAACAGAUUCUAUUUUUAGACACUAUUCAACAUUAAAAGCAGUCGACACAAACGGACUUUAAAUUAUUUUAAUAUUUCUGACUCGUUUUCUAACGUGUUUUUGUUUGUUACUGAAAAUAAAAAAGAGUCAAAGUCAAA